UGGACCCAGUACUCUUCCUCGAGUUCACACGGGGCAGGGCAGUGCUCGGCAGAGUUCACUCUCUCGGCCGAUAACUCGUCACGUGCAAACUAGGCAUAUAAUAUUAUAAUAAUAUACAGCUAGGUACCAAUAUCACGUACCAACUACCAAUACCGGUCAGAACUCGGUGAGUUCGAGGCUACUGGCUACGAGUUGUGUCGACCUUUGCGUUGGAUAUCGUCGGGCCGUCGUCGUCGUCGUCCGUUGCGAAAACGCGCGUUCGUCUAAAUGUUUGCUACACGAUAAUCGAGAACACGAAACAUACAAGCGCGUCACGCUCUUGUGCCAACCGAAUAACAAUAAUUAAUAUUAUACAUCAACGACAUCGCGGUGGCGUGGCGGACUUCAUAAUAUUAUUCUUCAGAGGCAAAUCUAUAAUAUUCCACCCACCCCGCAAACCCCGGUAAAGGCAUCGCUGCCGUCAUAAUAUUCUUAAUCGCCCGCGUUGUAGUCAACACUAAAGUACUACUAUUAUUAAUACUAAAUAAUUAACCACCCACCGACCGACCCUUCAGACAUAUUCAGAGGCGGCCGCCCCUCCAUAUUACUUCCUGCAGGGCCACGCCACUGCGACGAGAUGCGAUGGUCACCACCGUCGUCGAGACUAUCGGCGGCCGUCGUGCUAGCGGCGGCGUUGACGUGCACUACGGACGCCGCGAGGAUAUUGGCCGUGGAGACGAUGUCCGGCAUAAGUCACUGGAACUUCAUGAGCGGCGUGCUGCGGGCGCUCGUCGACAACGGUCACGCGGUCACCGCGUUUACGCCGUUUCCGUCGGCGGACGGCCACCGACCGCGGGACAACUACACUGAGGUGGACCUGUCCCGGGAACUAUUGGCCGCCCGGGACGGCCAGGUGGCGGACGUCAUGCGAAGGUGGCGCACGCCCGUCGGUAACGUGUUCCGAUGGGUGCGACACAGCCGGGACACGUGCGACAAGAUCUACGGCCACCCGGCGAUGAGGGACUCGCUGCGGUCGCACCGGGACGGCCGCCCGCCGUUCGACGUCGUCAUCGUCGAGCCGUUCCUGUCGGAUUGCGUGUCUUACGUGGCCGUCCAGCUGGGCGUGCCGCUCGUGUUGGCCACGGCGCUGCCGGCCGUCGGGUUGAUGGAACGCGCGCACACCGGCCACGCGGCCAACCCUGCGGCCGAGUCGCAUCUGGUGGCCGGUCACGGGAUUCCCAAGACGUUCGCGCAGAGGCUGAGCAACUCGGCGCUGUUCGCGUACAGUACCAUCGCGUUAGAAUACGUGGACAGGGUGCUCAAGUACACUGAGCCCAGGGAGUACGAUACGGUACCACCUGUCAUGCCGUCGCUGGUGUUCGUCAACGGCCAUUACGUCAGCGAACCGCCCAACCCCGUACUGCCGUCCGUCAUCCACGUCGGCGGAAUACACCUGAGACCGGCCAAGACAUUGCCAGAGGAUAUACUAGAGUUUAUUGAACAAUCCUCACAUGGUGUCAUUUAUUUCACCUUUGGUUCAACUGUUAAAAUGUCUUCAAUACCGGAACACAUAAAAAAUGCGUUUGUUAAUGUUUUAGCUCAAAUUCCUCAGAGAGUUUUAUGGAAAUAUGAAGAUGAAUUAGAGAAUAAACCGAAAAACGUAAUGAUGAAAAAGUGGCUUCCUCAACGAGACAUACUAACGCACCCUAAAGUUAAACUAUUCAUCAGUCAUGGUGGUAUAUCCGGAUUAUAUGAAGCUGUAGAUGCCGGUAUCCCAGUCCUUGGGUUUCCCUUAUUUGGUGAUCAACAUAGAAAUAUAGACAAUUUAGUCAAUGCUGGGAUGGCGAUCUCUAUGGACUUAUUUUCUGUGUCUGAAGAAACAUUCUUAAAACAUGUUUCAGAACUUAUCAACGACAAAAAGUACACGAUAAAUGCUAAAAAUACUUCGAACAUAUUCAAAGAUCGACCGAUGACACCAGCACAAUCGGUUGUUUACUGGACAGAGUAUGUUCUUCGUCACAAAGGUGCUCCACAUUUAAAAUCUCAUGCGGUUAAUCUGACGUGGUAUCAAUAUUACUUAUUGGAUAUUAUUUCUUUUGCAAUAAUUUUAAUUUCUGUAGUUCUUUUUGCAAUUUACAAAAUUGUAAAAUGUGUUUAUAAAUGCACUUCAAUGUGUUAUAACAAUGUGAAAGCAAAGAUCGAAUAGGCAAUAACCUAAUAAUACCUAAAUAAUAAAUGCUAUUUCAAAACUAUUGCAUACAAUUAUACAAAAUACAAUCAUAUAGUUCCUUUUUAAUUCCA